AUGGAUGCGAACGGCGGCCAAGAAACAAAUCCUAUCAAGCUAACAGAUGACAUUGUUUGUCAUAGUCCCGAUGAACCCUUUGGAAAAUGCGAAUGUAAAGGCGAAGGGAAGUCAGAAAGGCACUCUCAUUUCGCCCAUACUCUACUUCCGUCAAAGCUAUUUCGUACUCAACUUACAACUAACCCAGUUCAACUCUGCCACGGUGGCGCAUUGAUCUUCGGAAAUGAUGAGAAAUCCAAGCAAUAUUUGGGGGAUCUCGGUCAUCCCGAAGUUAAUGCACCCCUAACUUCGCCUGAAUCAGAAACUUUGUCUAAUGAUGUCGACAGCGGUCUUGGGACAAGCCUAAGUCAGAGCUCUUUUUUCGAUCCGAGGACCAAGCUGGGUACCGAUCCAUCAUUUACGAAUUCGAAGUCCCGGUCAGGAAGAAGACUGACAUCAGCUCAGACUAGCGACGGCAUAGGGAUAGCCCAGGCUAGUCUGGUAUUCAGGCGUGAAGAAUAUAACGUUGGAAUAGUGUGCGCGCUUCCCAAAGAACACCUCGCAUUGGAAUCGGGGGGUGGCGUUCCUUCUGAAAAAAACGAUAUACAACUCGGUGAUGUUGUGGUUAGCCAUCCGGAAGGGGAUUCCACGGGUGUUAUUCAAUAUGAUUUUGGGAAGACCCUCAAGAACAACGAGUUUGUAAGGAAAGGAUUCCUACAGUCUCCGCCGCGCUUCAUAAUUACUGGGAUAAGCGACCUGGAAUCGGACCCGAACAAAGCCCGUUACCCGCUUCAAGCAUGUCUCGAGAGUAUCGCAACUCGACAUCCAGAGUACGGAUAUCCAGGAUAUCAGUUUGAUCCACUUCUUGCGGCCAAUGCCGAGCGUAAUCGCUCUAGUUCAGGGGACGGACAUAAAGAAGAAGAAAUACCUAGAAACAACGCCCAAGUGUCCAAGCUAUAA